AUGGAGGCAAGAAAUUCAUCCAGUUCCUAUUCAAGUUCAUUGAGAGACCUCCUGCAGCGGAAGAUUAACGCACUAGAAGAACAGCUCCAUCAUCACUAUGACAGUAAUAAUAACCACCAUGAUGACCAUCACGAUGACCAUUACUUUAGCCACCAUCGUAAUCACCAUCAUCAUCACUACGACCGUUACAGUGACCACCACAUUGACCACCAAGGCAAUCACCAAGAAAAUCAUCAGAGUGGCCAUGAUGAUCAUCAUGACACCCAGCACAAAAACAACCACCACGAUGAUCAUCAUGACACCCAGUACAAAAACAACCACCAUGGUGAUCAUCAUGAUGAUGGCCAUCAUGGCAGUGGACACCAUGGAAAUGAUGAUCAUGUCCACCAUCUACAAACCUCAAUCCAACCACCGGGGUCAAGAGUGCCUGUCCGUGGAGACAUCAACAAAUUAGAUGCAGUGCUGAGUAACCUUCAACACAGAACUCCAGAACCAGGACCAAGUAAGAAGGCCAAGAACCCUGAUGCUUUUCAGAUUGGCUUCCCGAUGCGCACCACUUACAUGUAUGGGCGAAUUAUUCAGUUACAUGCAGUUACUCUUCCUCUUUCUCUGACGGACAGUAAGUGGCACCACCUCUGUGUAACAUGGUCCACACGUGACGGCAUGUGGGAGGCUUAUCUGGACGGUGUAAAAAGGGGCUCUGGAGAGAAUCUGUCCCCGUGGCAUCCCAUUAAACCAGGAGGAGUCUUCAUCCUUGGACAGGAGCAGGACACUCUGGGCGGCCGUUUUGAUGCCACACAGUCUUUUGUGGGUGAGAUGUCGGAUCUGCAGCUGUGGUCGCGUGUGCUCACCUCUACUGAGAUCUACAACCAAGUGUCCUGCUCCAGCCAUCUCACCGGUGACGUCAUCACCUGGAGCGAGUCCUUGGUGGAACUUCACGGAGGUGUCACAAAGUAUCCGUUUGACCCAUGUCAUUAGGAAUCUGAUCAAACAGAGCUGGAUUCUCCACAAUUAACUCGCAGCUGGAAAGGUGGACAAUUAUGAAUGCAGAUGGAAAGGCUGAGGAGAAGGACUCAGGCUGCCUUUACUCCUCCAGGAUAAUAGGAUUCUGAACAGGUCUACAUAGGCCCUGGGCAUUUAACUAAGCACUUUAUUAGUUUAACUGUCUAAGAAUUACAUACUGCAUAUCGAUAAGCACUUUGGAUGGCAGCAGACUGAUUGAACUCCAUUCCGUGUUUUGAUUCACUUCCAAACACUAAUGGAAGAACUUAUGCUGAAUGUGCAAAAACACUCUACAACAACAACUAAUUACUGUUGGCAUGUACUGUUACAAUAAGAUGGGACAACAUGGUAUAUUUCUAUGUCUAUAUAAUGUGAAGUGAAAUACA